CCCUCAUUCCCCUCCAUCUUCUUCCUUCAUCUACAUGCACCGCACACCACAUCGCGAGAAAAUGGCCCACUCGCACUCCCACGACGACGGCAUCAGCCACUCGCACGAUGACUUCGGCGGCCACGGCCACUCGCACGAGAUCCUCGACGGGCCCGGCUCGUAUCUGAACCGCGAGAUGCCCCUCAUCGAGGGCCGCGACUGGAAGGACCGUGCCUUCACCAUCGGCAUUGGCGGUCCCGUCGGAUCCGGCAAGACCGCCCUCAUGCUGGCGCUGUGCCACGCCCUGCGCGAAGAGUAUAACAUUGCGGCCGUGACGAACGACAUUUUCACCCGCGAAGACGCCGAAUUCCUGACCCGCCAUAAAGCCCUCUCUCCGUCUCGGAUCCGCGCCAUCGAAACCGGCGGCUGCCCGCACGCCGCCGUCCGCGAAGACAUCAGCGCCAACCUGCUGGCCCUGCAAACCCUGCAGAAGCAAUUCUCCACGGACCUCCUCCUCAUCGAGAGCGGCGGCGAUAACCUCGCAGCGAACUACUCGCGCGAACUCGCCGACUUCAUCAUCUACGUGAUCGACGUGGCGGGCGGGGACAAGGUCCCGCGCAAGGGCGGGCCCGGCAUCACGGGCUCGGACCUGCUGGUCGUGAAUAAGUGUGAUCUGGCUCAGCUGAUCGGGGCGGAUUUGUCGGUGAUGGAGCGCGAUGCGGCGAAGAUGAGGGAGGGCGGGCCGACGGUGUUCGCGGAGGUCAAGAAUGGGAAGGGUAUGAGGAGUAUUGUGGAUUUGAUUAUUAGUGCGUGGAAGGGGAGUGGGGCGUAUGAGGAGAGUCUGGUGAGGUGGAAGAAUGGGGCGGUUAGGGGGUCGGGGAGUGUUGAGGAGUAGAUUUAUUUUGAUUUUGGGUAUUGGGUAGGGGUUGGAGAUGGGGAUGGUUUGGUAGGGAAGGGGGUGUGAAAUUGUAUAUACGAAUAUUG